AUGGACCCUGACGAAGAGAACUCCGUUGACGAGGAAAAUUUCGCCGGCUAUGAAUCAGAUGCUGCAAACGCGGAUCUGAGAGGAAGCCCCGGAAUCUACUCGACGGUGAAUCACAGUGGUAGAGGCAGCUCCUAUGCUUCAAGCGACGAAUCCAUCAACCUCAAAGCCAACCAUGUAUCCGAGGAUGACGAUCACCUGGCCAGCAGAUCGCUAUUGAAACGUUCCACUGAACAAGCCUUUGCCAACCGGCCAUUUAAGAGGCAAAGAGGUGUCUUGAACCGCGAAUACCUGGAUCUUCUCAAUCGCGAGAUUGAUGACUCUGUCCAUCAAGUCUGUUUGGAGGACAUUGUCGACUUGCCUGAUUCUCAGGUCGGACUUACCUUCUGGUCCAGAGUUGAAAAAGGGCAAUUUUUUGAGUCUGUAUCACGACUAGGCAAAUACGAUUUGCCCGGUAUCGCAACCAAAAUAGGGAGCAAAAGUGAAAUAGAGGUCAAACAGUACGUCGAGCUGUUGCAAGCAGCCAAAGAUAGCAGACAGAGAUUGAGACCUCGAUCCUACUUGGAGCCAGCAGAGUAUCCAGCAGCUGUUGAGAUCAGCCAACAGUGCUGCCAUGUUCAAGAAGAAGCUGCCGAUACUAUUUCAAUCCUCCAAGAGCGCAGAGAGGAACAACGAGAGAAGCUGAAAUGGGGACAGAACUGGGAUAUUACUCCUUCUCUAGCCAUGAGAUUAAGCCACCGCGGCGAGGAGGGGGAUGACACGUCCGAGGCGACGUUGAAAUUUUCCCAGUUAUUUCAUCUGUCUAACUGGUUAAAGUUGUCGGAGCGCGUAUUUAUGAAUUCAUCGGUUCCCGGCAACAACUGGAACUACAUCGACAAUCAAAGACCAUCAAUGUGGGCCACUGCAUUCGACGAUUUUCACUCACUUGCUGUUUCUGUCACCAGACGACUCGUUCAGACAACCUUGUUCAUUAGCAUGUCGAGAAUCAGGGCGAAGAAGGAGCUUAUUCCUACCACUCGGGAUAUUGUCCGGAGAAAAGAUGUUGAAGCCGCAAUUGCUUCACUCGCCAUGCCACAUAAUUCGGAAUCGAGGUGGAUUAAAAGCGCGAGAAGGUUGCGAUUGGACGUUUUUAACGAACCUCCAGAUAAAGAUGACGAGGAAGCUGAAGAGGAGCCCAUGACGUAUGCAGAAGUUGAGGCUACUCUCUCUAGGAAUGAUGACAGCACUGAAAUUGAAGCUCCAAAGGAUGCGAUUUUCACAGAUGAAGCUUCGCCUGAUGAGUAUGUGGAAGAGGGCGAUGAAGAUGGCGAUGACGACACUGGCAUUGAUUCGGAAACGGGAGAUGACGAUGAUGAACAACACGAGAUUACGCAGGAAGCUAAGGAGAUUCUGCUUUACUCAACCCCGGAGCUAAAGGAUAUUCAAGCCGCAAAGCAAGCGCUCAAACUGCGCAUCACCACAGAGAGGCAACAGGAAGCGCAGGCCGAGGUGCACGAUGAGUAUGCCAGCUAUCAAGCAGAGACCGAGAUGUGGGAUAUCUUGAAGAAAAAGCCGCCAAUGGAACUGCCUAAAGUGGAGGAUCCCGGUCGCGUACAUAGAUCGAAUUUAAGUGUGGAUAAUGUCUAUCCCCUUGGGCGAGACUGGGCUUCAAAGUUGGAAUAUUAUGGGGAAUGGGAGACGUUGGAUAAUACAAGGCAUGAUGAAUAA